AUGGCCGACAGAGCCGAGAUCAAUGCUGCUGUCCGUGAAGCUUUGAGUGAACAGCUUGACACUCCGAGCGAGCGUUUUGAAGGGAUGAUGUCGCAAAAAAUGGAGCAGAUGAUGGCCAGCAUUGCAGCCCGGUAUCAGCCAUCAAGCUCAAACCCUCAACUAGUCAUUCCUCCUCCGUCUCCUCCCGCGGGCAAUCCCGACAAGGUUUCGGAGCGUGUUCCCAUCAAUACCAUGCCACUGGAAGAUGUUAUCAUAACCGGUACCGGAUCAAGCCCCCCACCAUUGUUUCCAGUUCUCCAAGCCGGUCAUGUGGCUCCUGGUCCAAAUGACGAAACGACCAAGCUGUUGACCCGGAUGGAACAAAGAAUACGGGAAAUGGAGGGUACCCAUAACAUUCCCCAGGUUGAUUUCUCCGCCUUCUCGAAGGUCAAUGUGCCCGAGAAGUUUAAAAUGCCCGACUUCGAAAAGUACGACGGCACUUCCAACCCGGUGCAACAUGUCCAGAUGUACCAAGCUAGGAUGAGCAAGUAUGCGGCUAACGGCCCUCUGAUGAUUCAGACCUUCCAAGCCGGUCCGAAAGAUGCAGCUAUGAGAUGGUACACGGAUUAUGAAAUCUACAGCAUGGAGAACUGGGAGAAGGCGGCUAAUGCUUUUGUUAAGCAUUUUAGUUUCAACUUGGAUGUUCUCAUUUCUAGGGAAGAUCUAGAACAGGCAGAGAUGAAGAAAGGCGAGACGAUUAAACAGUACGCCACUAGGUGGAGGAAUGUGGCAUCUCACCUGAAGCCGGUACCCCCUGAGCGAGAGCUCAUGAAAUUGUUUGUCUCCACUUUACCUCAGACGAUGCGGUCACGAAUCCUUGGAUCUGCUGCGACGUCGUUCGGUCACCUCAUUGCGAUGGCUGAGGAGAUUGAGAGCGGCAUGAAGAAAGGUUGGUACGGAGAUGUUGCCACCGGUACCAAGAGAUUCACGGCAAAGAAAGACAAAGAGCCCGUCUCACAGGUUAACAUGACCUAUGCCCAGAAACCCAUGGCCCAGGUGCCGGUCGUGCAAAUCCCUAACCCGCAGCAAGGCAACUUUAGUGCACAACGGCAAAAAGGAAAUUUACGUCCUCCUCGGCAAUUUACUCCUCUACCUGGGACCCCGUCACGAGUGCUUGCGGUCUUACGUAAGAAAGGGCUUCUGACUUCCGAACCUCUACGACUUGGUAACACGAACUCACCAAGGUAUGACCCGUCAAAGAAGUGUGACUACCAUUGUGGUGAGCCUGGACAUGAUACAGACGGCUGUUAUGUGUUGAAACACCGCAUUCAAGACUUGCUUGAUUCCAAAGCAUUUUCAUUUCAAGACAAUAGUCAGCCAAAUACCAAGAAUAAUCCUUUGCCGGAUCACUCGGGCAAGGUUAAUGCUGUCUUUAGUUACGAAGGCGGACGAAGAGGUGUUUUUAAGAUCCAAGUGGUUGACAUUUUCAAUGCUCAGUUUAGAGCAGGCUAUUAUCGAGUUGGAGAAAUAGUAUCGUUCGGCCAGUUGGAAGAAAGAAUCUCAACUCUUAUGGAGAACGGGUUGAUAGUCCGGGUGAAUCAGACCGAGGUAGUAGCCACCGUAUCUCAGAUUGUAAUUGAUCGGGAUCAAGAAUUUGCUGCUUUGACUCUAUCUCAAUCUGAAUCUUCUUCGAAGGUUAAAGCAGUAGAAGCCGACGUGGCUAGUCUAAUCAAGAGUGAUCCGGAGUUAGCUGAUAUGCCCGCCUUGGAGGACGCAAUAGAUGAUGAACUCGGAAUUGUUAUACCCGAAACUUUGGUGAUUACUUCCCCCCAGCCUUUUCCUUAUAAAGAUGGCAAGGCGGUUCCUUGGUCCUAUGACCUUGCCCUGAUAACAAGGUCCGGACGUGCUUAUAAUGAUGAUCACCCUGCCAAGCAGGUGGCUGAAAAGGAUGCAAAAAAGUUUUUAGCCGUGAUCAAGACAAGUGAGUACAACAUUAUUGAUCGAUUACGAAAGUUGCCGGCUCAGGUUUCUCUACUUGAGCUCUUACAGUCAUCCGAAAAACAUCGGGAUUCCCUGAUGAAGGUGUUGGGCCAAAUUCAUGUGCCUGAAAACAUCGAUCGGGAUAGGUUGGAGAAUUUUGUUGGGGCCAUCCUUCUAAAAGAUCAGGUUGCAUUUGCUGACGAUGAGAUCCCUGCCGAAGGACGAGGCCACAACAAGGCCUUACACAUAACGAUCAAGCACAAACAGACUUAUGUGGCUCGGGUGCUCAUUGAUAAUGGGUCGGCAUUGAAUAUUUGUCCCCUAGCUACACCGAAUCGCCCGGGAGUUGACUUGGCCAGGAUGCGAGCAGCCAAAACCUCGCUCAGAUCUUUUGACGGUAUGAAAAAGAACGUUAUGGGGCAAAUUAAUCUCGAGAUCCAGAUUGGACCAUCUCUGUUCGAUGUCUUGUUCCAAGUGUUAGACAUCCCAUCUGCAUUCAACCUCUUGCUAGGACGUCCGUGGAUUCACAAUGCGGGUGCUGUUCCAUCAAGUCUUCAUCAGAAGAUCAAGUUCGUGGUCGAGCAGAAGUUAGUGAUAGUCCAUGGCGAGGAAGAUCAUCGAAUCUUCAACGAAACGGCUAUCCCCUACAUCGAGCCGGCUCAUAAUGAAGAAGAUUCUUACCAUGCUUUUGAGCUAGUACGGACCAUUCAUGCGUCGCCGGAAAGUCCCUUACCUGUUCUCGAAAUAUCAACUACCUCUCUUAUGGUAGCUAAGGUAAUGAUCGGCAAUGGUUUUGAGCCUGGCAAGGGUUUGGGUCGGCACAGUCAAGGGAUCCGCAACCCAAUUGAACUUAGAGGCCAGUCCCAUACAGCUGGUUUGGGAUUCCAAGGACGUGGCCGUCCUAGACAUGGUAAGCGACAUGCGAUGGAUCGCGAUAAGCUGGAAUGUAGUCAUUUGUCACCACCUCUUUACACCACCUUCCGAUCAGCUGGAGUAGUCGCCGGUUACAAUGAGACAGCUCAAUUUGAAGAUGACCUAGGGAUUGUCUUCCCUAACUCGCUGAAAGGCCAAGAUGCUGUGGUUGAGCUGAUGGACCCGGACGACGAUGAAGCCGAUGAUGGAGUCCCCGAUCUUACUGGAUGGUUUGAUGAUUUAACCAUUGCUACCGUAUUUGAGGAUCCCAUGCAAGUUGAUGGAACACCCGAAGAGGAGCCUUACAUGGUGCCUAGACCCCCAAGGCCAUCCGUCAAUGCCAUAUUCGACGAUCCACUGGAGAGUUUAGAUUCGGAGUAA